ACUCUGUUCCAUUGAUGAGAGGCUUCCAACACGAGCUCCGUGUCACGUGAGCAAAUCUGCGUGGAACCUAAAGAGAUCCUCGUUUCCAUCAUAUUACAUGCUGAUGGAGAUAUGAAUGAAAUUAUGACUGCAUGGCGGAUACCGAGUGACUGGUAUGUGGUAGGAGUAGGCUACCUACGUUGUUAUUGGUAGCGGAGGACUCCACGGUCCUCUCCGCUGGGAAUACGAUGUGCUGGUGCGGAGAUGUGUGAGGAAGCCUGAGCAGGUCUAGACGGCUCUGUACUGCCGGGAGCCGCGUGAGGGAUGUUCUGGCGGUCUGGAGACGAAGCAGAGACCGAGGCGGAGGAAGGACCGCGUGAUAAAUUGAUUUAAAGCAGGUCCCAGAAAGAGAGAGAGGGUGAGAGAGGGAGGGGGUAGCAUUUUCCGGUCACCCUGCCACAUAACUCCCUCCUAUUGGCCAACAGCUAUAGGCCAGACUAGAUGCCCGCCAUGCAGAAGGCCACUUAUUAUGACAGUUGUGUGUUUGAGGACGGUCCCUACCCCAAGUCAGAGGGACACACAUACACACACCCUGUCUACCGGGCCCUCCCAGAACCCCCUCACGCUCCUACAACACACACCGAUGAACAUGGCGGCAGGGACAGCCAUGAUGCCCGGAGUAAAGUCACCCCUCCGCCUCCUCCUCCUCCUCCGCCUCCGCCUCCUCCUCCUCUGCAGCAGUUGGCCCCGCCUUUGCCUGCCAUCCCCCUUUCCUCCAGCUCCCAUCCCCCUAACGGAACUCCUGGUGGAGCUCCUCCAGCCAGGGCCAAGCUGGUGUUUCCCUGGAUGAAGGACUCUCGUCAGAACGCCAAGCAUAAGAAUAACAACACCAGCAAAGAGGGGGAGCAGUGUGAGGAGUACAGCCCACCCGAGGGGGGCUCGAAGCGGAUCAGAACCGCUUACACUAGCGCCCAGCUGGUGGAACUGGAAAAGGAGUUCCACUUCAACCGCUACCUCUGCCGACCACGGCGGGUGGAGCUCGCUAACGUCCUUCACCUGUCCGAGCGCCAGAUCAAGAUCUGGUUCCAGAACCGCAGGAUGAAAUACAAGAAAGACCAACGGGGUUUAGGGUCACUGCCCUCCCCGCUGGGCUUGUCUCCUGACUGCAGCCCACCCAUCCACCACACUGGGUUUGUAGCUCACCUCCACAGCUACGACCCGCCCUCACCACAGUCCUUUUCCAGGGCGCCGCCGGGCGUGUACAACUUGCCGUCAUACCCGGUGGAUCAGAGCCUUGAGCAGCAGAGACGGUACCCCGAAUAUGAGCAUCAGGGCUACCAUGGUAACGGUGGCUAUGUCGCGAACGCUAAUCCUCAAAGCCAGGGUGUGUAUGGUGCUGAGAGCUUCUCUGACUCUGGGCCGCACUCAGGCCCAGGGUUCCACAUGGGCCCCCUCCCCCAGCACCACUCUGCCCCCUUGGAGUACCAUGGCACGGGGGGCCAUGCCGGGUCCUGCCUGUCCGACCCCACCUUCCCCGAAAUCACCCCACGCCACACUGCUCAGGGACGGACACUUGAGGUUCCGAGGCUGACCCACCUGUAGAGGUUCGGCUGACUCACCUGUAGUCCUGUAACCCAAUAACUACCUGUAGUCUACAGGGGUUGUGCCUCUCUGUUUGAUGGCCGCUUUAGGCAAGAGGAAAUACAGGGUACAUAGCAUGGAGGCUGAGCUGUCUCUAUGGAAUGCACGCACAAUACACAUGUGAGUCCUAGUAUCCUGCCCACAUAUUUUGCUACAUUUUAGUUGCUAGGGGAAGGGGUGGGGGUGGGGGGGGGGGGUCAGCUCUGAGUAGGAUUGGUUGAGGGUGAGCGGAGAGGGUGCUGGUCCUGGAAGCCAAGAUUGUAUUGAGUUGUGUCAAAUAUGAGUUAUCAAUCAAACCUUGAGAUAAAAACACACACACCCUUCUGAGAGGCUAACUGUGAGUUUACGUCAUCAACAUCACACGGGAUACUUUUAGUGCAAAAUAUUGGGUAGAUUAUCAAUUUGUUAUAGGUGGAAUGAGAAACAGUAUUUUUAUGUAAUUGUUUUGAUAUCUUGUCGCAUGCAGUUUAUUGUAUUUAUUAUCAAACCUUACAUGUUUACAUAUCGUAGAUAAUGUGACACUUAAUUAUGAAUUUUAAGGCACUUAAGGUGGCAAUGUCAUUCUGUGUUUUGUAGAGUAAAUAUGUUUUAAUUUUAUUAAAUGUCAAAUGUAGUGAAUCUAGUAUUUUGUUAAAUAUUAUAGAAUAAAAAAA